AUGUCGCGGAGGUACAACUCGACCGAGGCUGCCCCCGCCGCCACCAACCCCAAGAUCUCAGCUAUCGUCGACCAGAUUAGCCAAUUGACGCUGUUGGAGACGGCGGACCUCGUUUCGAGCUUGAAGACCCGUCUCAACAUCCCCGACCUCCCCGUCGGCGGUUUCGCCGCUGCCCCCGCCGGCCCCGCAGCCGCGCCAGUCGAGGAGGAGGAGGCAGCGCCCGCGGCGGCCGAGAAGACGCUUUUCACCGUGAAGCUGCAGUCGUUCGAGGCCGGGUCCAAGCCCAAGGUCAUCAAGGAGAUCAAGAACCUGCUGGGUCUCAGCUUAGUAGACUCCAAGAAGUUCGUCGAGAGCGCGCCCAAGCUCAUGAAGGAGUCCGUACCGAAGGACGAGGCCGAAAAGAUCCUGGCGACGAUGAAGGAGCUGGGCGCUGUGGUUGUCAUCGAGUAG